UGUGUGUGGUUCUUGACGUGCCGUGAACCUUCGAACACAAGUGCCAUAGUACCCUGUGAAGAAGCCUUCCAGCGACUCUCCUGUUCCCGCUAUCGCAGUCACCAGCGCGACGUGCUGUUUCGCCCUAGACUCGAUGUCCUUCACAGGCCCAUUCCAUGGCCCUCGUUUCUGCUGAUGCCCGAAUUGCAGAGCUUCUCACAGAGCUCCAUCAGCUGAUCAAGCAAACCCAGGAAGAGCGUUCGAGGAAUGAGCACAAUUUGGUGAACAUCCAGAAAACCCACAAGCAGAUGCAGACUGAGAACAAGAUUUCUCCUUAUUACCGGACAAAGCUGCGUGGCCUCUACACAACCGCCAAGGCCGAUGCAGAGGCUGAGUGCAACAUCCUCCGCAAAGCGCUGGAUAAGAUAGCUGAGAUCAAGUCUCUGUUGGAAGAGAGGAGGAUUGCGGCCAAGAUCGCAGGUCUCUACAAUGACUCAACAGUCCACAUAAGAAUAGAAAAGUUGAGUUGA